UAACGGCGCUAACGGUGACCAGGCCGAACGGUGACAUCGUAUCUUUGCAUUUAAGAUCCAUUCAGUCGCAAAUAAGAUUAUUCUUUAUUAUUCCAAUCAUUAUUUCGGCGAUUUUAAACAAGUUUAAUACUUAGUUACAAAAGCAGUGCAUUUACAGCGCAUAAUUUGGACAUACAAGCUUGCAGUGUCGUUUUCACUGGGCAACAAAUACCUACAACAUUCCCAAUUUGGAUAGAGAAAACAAGCACUUGAAAAUUCCACUGUAUUCUCGAAAAGUCUCAGGAGGGUAAGAAGGACCGACAGUGCGUAGCAUAAUGCGUGUCACUGUGACUACCCCGGCGGACUAUACUUUUCCGCUGGAGGUUUCCGACGACAUGGAACUGGAGAAUUUUAAGGCUCUGUGCGAAAUUGAAAGUGGAUUUCCGUCCUCGGAGAUCGUCAUUUCGUUCAAUGGACAACCCCUGCUGGACGAUAAGAAGACGCUGACCCAGCUGGGUAUCCGGGAUGGGGACGUGGUGAUGCUGCAGCAUUUCAUGCAGGCCGCUCAGCAGGCUUCCCAAGCGGCUCGUGCCAGACAGCAGCAGACUGCUGCCGAACCAUCUCGUUUGGCCAGUUUGGAUUUUAGUUCAAUCCAAAUACCAGCGGCAGCUGGUUCCGGCAUCGCCAGCAGCAGCACUGCCAGUGGGAAUUCCGGACUUCUGAAUAACAAUCGACCCUCGCCUACCGUUGCUUCGGAAGAUGACCCGGCCGCUGUGCGGGAAAUGUUUCUCUCUAACCCGGAUCAGUUGGCACUGCUUAAGCAGAACAACCCGCGCUUGGCGGAGGCAUUGCUCUCGGGAAAUCUGGAAACAUUCGCAACGGUGCUGCGAAAGCAAAUUCAGGAACGCAUGGAAAAGCAGCAGCAACGGUUGAGAAUCCUGCAGGCUAGCCCGUUCGAUGCCGAAGCGCAACGGUUAAUUGCCGAGGAGAUCAAGCAGAAGAACAUAGAAGCUAACAUGGAAGCUGCGAUGGAGUACAAUCCGGAAACAUUUGGCACGGUUGUGAUGCUGUACAUCAAUUGUCGCGUCAACGGCCAUCCGGUGAAAGCAUUUAUCGAUUCGGGUGCUCAAGCGACCAUUAUGAGCGCCGCUGCGGCUGAACGGUGCAACAUUAUGCGCUUGGUGGACACCAGAUGGGCCGGCAUUGCAAAGGGCGUUGGUGUGCAGAAAAUUAUCGGCCGUAUCCACAUGGUACAGAUUCAGAUUGAGAACGAUUUCCUUACCUCAAGUUUCUCAGUACUGGAAGAACAACCGAUGGAUAUGCUUUUGGGACUGGACAUGCUGAAACGUCAUCAGUGUAACAUCGAUCUCAAGAAUAAUAUCCUAAAAAUUGGAACAACCGGUACCGAGACGCGAUUCUUGGCGGAAGGAGAGCUUCCAGAGUGUGCUCGACUGACGGGUAGUCCUGAGGAGGAACAGAAAGCUCUAGCUGAAUCGGCACGGAUAGCCGAGGAUUUGGCGCUGAAGGAAGCAGUUGUCAAAAGCCAACAAGAUCAAGAAAACUGUAACGAAGAGAACCAACCACCUGGAAGCAUUUCGCAGCUGAAGCGGCGUCGAUCCCCAUCAACCAGUGGCACCAGCAGUGGUAACAACAACACCGGCAGUGGCAACAGUAGCAACAAUUCGCCAACAUCGUCGGGCCAGCCACCGCAACAGGAGUCGCCGGAAGACGUUCCCCUGGUACUGCUGCCUACGGAUCGGUUCACCGAGAUGGACGUUGUCGAGCUGGAAUCGAUGGGCUUCAGCCGGCAGAUGGUCAUCAGCGAACUGAGAGCCGCCAACGGUGACAAGAGUAAGGCCACUUCCGGACUGUUUGCUAAGCUAGGAUAAGAGGGCCACGACAAGGACAUUUACAACUGCGCAUGGUUUGUUCCGUAGGCACUAGGAUAGUUGUACUUUCAUUUUCUAACAUUAGAAUCGAACAAUUUUGUACGACAAAUAUUGCAUCGGAUGUGGAAGAUGUUGGUCGUACUAUUUUUCUUUUUUACAACAAAAGGUGCAUUUCGUUUGGUUUGAAGAAUGGGUGAUUUUUUCUUUCUGGUAAGAAACAAACAUCAUAAAGCUUGCGUUUAACUCGCAGAGGAUUUCUUGAUCUAUGUACGUUCUUAUAAAAAUGGGAAAGGGUAGUUUCAAAAUAUUGAGUUCAGAUUUAUCUUAAGAAUUAACUAAUAGUGACUAGAAGCGAAAUUUGAAAUUAUCAGAUUAUUUACAAAGAAUGUGGCUGGAGUGAGGACGAUUUUGAAUUCAGAUCAUAAGGAAAGGCGACUUAAAGAAUGAAACGAAUAAAGUACAUUAAAAUCGAAAA